GUUCAGCUGAGAGGCAGAGUUUGUUCUCUCCUGCAGACCAUACUUUGGCUCCAGUUCAGAAGUGCUGCAAUAUCUGUGCCUGCCCUUUCCAGGGCCAUGAUCAGAGAAGCAGCCAGAGGCUCUGCACAGGGCGACACACAGUAUGAGACACUUACAGAACCUUCAGCAGCUCGCGGUCCGUGCCUUCAGCACGACGACCAGGCAGAUGAGGAACAAGGUACCAGAGCACCAGAGGUUAUUCCAGGCGGACAACGGCCUGCCUGUUCACGUCAAGGGAGGGACUGUUGAUGUCCUUCUUUACCGCUUCACCAUGACGAUCACCAUUGCAGGAACAGCAUACUCCUUGUACUCUCUUCUUACUGCCUGCCUCCCCAAGCAUAAGUAGGCAAAAAGAAAAAAGAAAAACCUGCCUGACUUCAUAACACAAACCACUGUGUGGCCUCUCUGUGUAAUUUUCACUGUUUGUAUUGGUGAAAUAAAACAUGUUAAAAUGAA